AUUUCACCAGAUAAAUAUAGUUAUACAAAAUGGCUCGUGUUAGAACUAAAACCGUCAAGAGAGCUUCUAAGGUGUUGAUCGAAAGAUUCUACCCAAAGUUGACCUUGGACUUCGAUACCAACAAGAGAUUGGCCGAUGAAAUCGCCGUUAUCCAAUCCAAGAGAUUAAGAAACAAGAUUGCUGGUUACACCACCCACUUGAUGAGAAGAAUUCAAAAGGGACCAGUUAGAGGUAUUUCUUUCAAGUUGCAAGAAGAAGAAAGAGAAAGAAAAGAUCAAUACGUCCCAGAAGUUUCUGCUUUGGACUUGUCACACACCAACGGACAGUUGGAAGUUGACUCUGAAACCGCCGACUUGGUCAAGACCUUGGGUUUCAAGAUUCCAAUCCAAACUGUUGCCAUUUCUUCUCAAAGAGGUCCAAGAAGAUUUGCUAAGAGAAACUAAUCUGUAUAUUUUAGUAAUUUAUCGACAUAAUCAAAUAACACACAUUUGUUAGAAGAUGGGUAUGCCCCUUACCGUGUAUAAGUCUUGGAACAUUUGCAACUAGUUUCACAUAACAUUUACCCGUUGAGCUCGUCGACGAGAUUGCAAUACGUCAAGUGAAGCACUUUCAACUUGGCAAGAAGCUCUUCGUUGAGGUCGUUGGUUUUCUCCAUAUACUGCUUAACCAACAUACCAAUAAAUUGGAUUCUUUUGUAGAACUUGAACCGAUUGACAAGAGCUUUUCUCUGGAGCUGGCCGUAUUCUUCGUAUACCACAAAGUGGUAGUCACACCAACUUUUGAAGGAGGAGCUGUUAU